CGCCCGCUGCAACGUGCCGUCCUCCUUCCUUUCCUUCUUGCUCCUUUCCUUUCUCCCUUCCGCCCGGCGCGAUGGAGCCCGGACGCGGGGCGGCCGCGGCGCUGCUGGUGCUGCUGAGCUUCGGCUGCGCGCUGCGCCCCGGGCGCGCCCAGUACGAGCGCUACAGCUUCCGCAGCUUCCCGCGGGACGAGCUGAUGCCGCUCGAGUCGGCCUACCGGCACGCCCUGGACCAGUACAGCGGCGAGCACUGGGCGGAAAGCGUGGGCUACCUGGAGAUCAGCCUGCGGCUGCACCGCCUGCUGCGCGACAGCGAGGCCUUCUGCCACCGCAACUGCAGCGUGGCGCCCCAGCCCGAGCCGGCCCCCGGCCUCUCCCGCUACCCCGAGCUGCGCCUCUUCGGAGGCCUGCUGCGCCGGGCGCACUGCCUCAAGCGCUGCAAGCAGGGCCUGCCAGCCUUCCGCCAGUCGCAGCCCAGCCGUGAAGUGCUGGCCGACUUCCAGCGCCGCGAGCCUUACAAGUUUCUGCAGUUCGCCUACUUCAAGGCAAAUAAUCUCCCAAAAGCCAUCGCAGCUGCUCACACCUUUCUACUGAAACAUCCCGAUGAUGAAAUGAUGAAGAAAAACAUGGCUUAUUACAAGAGCUUGCCUGAUGCCGAGGACUACAUUCAAGACUUGGAAACCAAGUCGUAUGAGAGCCUGUUCAUCCGAGCGGUGCGGGCUUACAACGGUGAGAACUGGAGGACGUCCAUCACGGACAUGGAGCUGGCCCUUCCCGACUUCUUCAAGGCCUUUUACGAGUGUCUCGCAGCCUGCGAGGGCUCCAGGGAGAUCAAGGACUUCAAGGAUUUCUAUCUGUCCAUAGCAGAUCAUUACAUAGAAGUUCUGGAAUGCAAAAUGCAGUGUGAAGAGAACCUCACCCCAGUUAUAGGAGGCUAUCCAGUGGAGAAAUUUGUGGCUACCAUGUAUCAUUAUUUGCAGUUUGCUUAUUAUAAGUUGAGCGACCUGAAGAACGCAGCCCCCUGUGCGGUCAGCUACCUGCUCUUUGACCCCAACGACAAGGUCAUGCAGCAGAACCUGGUGUAUUACCAGUUCCACAGGGACAAGUGGGGCCUGUCUGACGAGCAUUUCCAGCCCAGACCAGAAGCAGUUCAGUUCUUCAACGUGACCACCCUCCAGGAGGAGCUGUACGACUUUGCGAAGGGAAACCUAAUGGAUGAUGACGAGGGAGAGGUUGUGGAGUACGUGGAUGACCUCUUGGAGCUGGAGACCAGCUAGUCCACAGCAGCCAAAGACAUUUCCCUUCGAAGUUCAGGAAACACAGAUUCUUUGUCUUUUCCCCCCCAAAGCUCAAGUUGUUGAUACCUCAAAGCCUUCUCUUUACUCUAUGAAGUGAAAGGGAAGCCCCAUCUCUCACUACAU